GUUUUGAAAUUUUUUCGACAAAAUCGUCUCGAAAUCACGAAAAAUUGAAUUAAAAUCGGACAAUUUCCAUUAAAUAAACCGCAAAUUAGCGAUAUUUGUCAAUUACAGGCAGGCGCGUCACUUGCUAACGAAAUCUAGCAAAACUAUCAGAAAAAUCGCAUUUAAUUUUUUUAUUCUGAAAAUGGCUCACACAAUUUUGCUCGUGCAAGUCGGUCCCCGUUUGGAAUCACGCACGUACAGCGACUUCGAGAGUGUCAACGAGUGCAUGGAAGGUGUCUGCAAGAUCUACGAGGAGCAUUUGAAGGUCAAGAAUCCCAAUACGCCGACAAUUACGUACGACAUCAGUCAAUUGUUUGAUUUUAUCGACCAGUUGGCGGAUUUGAGUUGUUUGGUGUACCAAAGAUCGACAAACACGUAUGCGCCCUACAACAAGGAAUGGAUCAAGGAGAAGAUUUAUGUUCUUUUGCGGCAAGCAGCGAGCACUGAUUAGGUACUUAGAUGCGUUUUCAAGACGUUUUUUCUCCAAUUCAUCCAUAGAAGUCGUAUUUUUUUUGACGAAUUUUCGAUUAUUUUGUGCUCAGUCAUCAUUUCAGUUCUCUAUCCUUUAAAGCCCACUAUAAUAAAUAUUUUUAGUAUGUAAGAGAUUCGCGAUACAGAUUUAAAUAAAAAUUAUUUAAUA